CUAUAUAUGUACUUUUACCUGAAUAAAUUUUUUUAUUUUCUUUUAUACCAGGCGCCGCCAAGAGCUAAACAUUGACAACAACAACAUCAGCUGAUGCCAUAAACACAACCCCGCUGCUGUGCCGGGUUAGUCCACUACGGGAUCACCAUAGCCCGUGCUACUUGCCCCGCUCCUGUGCCAGGUAGAUGGGCUUAAUUAUGGACGAGUACGAACAAAAAAUAAACUCUGGGAAUGUGUUCCUUCAGAGUCAGGCAAUUACAAAGUUGCAUACAAAGAUGGUGGAGAAUAACAAAGAUGGGACCUCCUUAUAUGAGUCAGAUGAGGUGAAGUUACUAUGGCAGACAGUCAACAAAGGGGACAUAACGGAGGCUACCCUCGCUGUUGAGACACUGGUAGCACUUAUCAAGUCAGGACUGCUUCCCAUGCCUGCCGUUCUACAAAAUUUCUUGGCUGAUGUCACCUGUGCAAAAUCUCCAAGUGCACUUGUUCAAGGAAUAACUGCAAUUUUGUUGAUGUCACAAAUUGAGAAAGAUGGACAAAUACAGUGCCCUUUCACCGGUCCCCCCACAGGACCAACCCAUCCGUUUGUGACUCUGAUUAUCAAAAGAGUAGAUUUAAUUCCCACUGUGCUAGAGGAAGUGGCUAGCAUCUUAAGACAUCCAGAACAAAGAGUGAGGACUUCUAGUAUUUAUCACAUACGUCCACUUCUGCUGCACACUUUCUGUUUAACGGAGAAGACCUUGGGACUUGCUCGCCCUCUGCUCUCACUCAUCGUUAGCUCUCAUAUCACCCAUGCCGAGCUUAAUAUUAUUCCACUCCUGUGUCGUAUUGCUCCUCUCAUUAAGGACAGUAGCAGAGACCAUGUGGAGCGGAAAGUGAUGGUGUUGACUGCCCUGGCAGAGAUAGCAGUGGGGAGCAGUUUGACCAGACUACAGUCGGCUCUUCUACCAUGUCUAGUGAUGGCAGUUCCUCUUGCUAUGAAACAAGGACUAGGGACCAGGACAUUGGAGCGUUACAUGAAUACCAUAGCUUCUCGUCUCGGUCGUGGUUGUGACAUAACUAUCUGUGCUCUAGCUGAAAUACUCCCACAGACGUGUGGCCAACUGCAAGUCAAUUUACUAAAAUUGGGUGCAACCCUCCUGUCGUAUAAGGAUGGAAAUCCUUUAGUUGGUGCCAGGCUUUUACCCUCUCUUCUCCAAGUUCUGUCCGCACCCUGCACCUCGGUGCCUGGCCUCACUACUGCUGCUGCGGCCUUGGUGUCUCUUGUACAGGCAACACCUGCACAAGCAUCGUCUAAUACCCAGCUGGCAGGCAAUGAGUAUUGGGAAACACUGUGUUGUACAUUCUCCAGUCUGGUCUCGUACAUUCCUGCCCUUGAAUUUUCUGACCGCCUAGUACGAGACCCAAAGCUGGCCUCUGACUGGUUAACAAAGCUAGCAUCAUCAAUCAAUCAGAUUUCGAGUUUCUACCACACCAUUGUAACAUCUGUGUUUUUGUACCAAGGCUCCACAACUCAAUCUGUACAACAGGCAACUAAGGUUCUGGAACGUGAAGUGAUGAAGAAAAAGGCGUUAUCUUUAGAGGUAUUCCCAAUGGUGUUGUACCGUUUAGGUCGUGAAACUGAUCCCACCACUCGCCUCACUAUUCUCUACACCCUACCAUCUCUGGCUGUUAACAAGCUGUGUGUUGCCCUGGUGCUGAAGACACUUCUUGCUCUCUGGUCAUCUGGGUCGUUGCGUCCACUGGUUUUGCGUCUUGUAUAUGACUUGUGGACAGUGGAGCCAAGAACCUAUUCAUAUCUUUCUCAGCUCAUCCACGACAAGUCCAUUAAUACCAAUGAGAUUCAAAUUGCUCGUGCCUUUGUGGUCUCUAGUGUUUGUAAAGCAAAGCCUUCUCAACAUGGUGAGGAGCUUUUACCACUUCUCUCUGGAUUCCUAAAUGAAUGUAGAGAUGAAGAUGGAACAGCACAGACUCUCAUAGCUCUGGAUGGUAUCUAUGAUUUGUGUGCCAAUCAGAUAAUAGAUCUACGGACAACUUGGCGUGUUAUUGCGCCAAAAUUGGUACGAGAUAAGAGGCCUGGGGUCACAGAGAAACUCUGCACACUAUUAGGGCUUGUGCCAGUGCUCCAUGUGGCCAGUACAGAAUAUGAUAAGUUCACUACUGAUGCUCUGACCAUCUUGUGGAACUGGGUUGCAUCUCACCGAUCACUUCCAGUAGUGAAAGCUGCAUACAUGGCACUUGAAAAGUUUAAGUAUGAUAAUUACACACUAAAGAUGCUUCCACAGUAUGCAAGACAUGGUCACCAAUUACCGGCCAGUAUGGCAGCCACACCAUUUGAGGCUGCUCGCAAACCUGAAGAUGUAUUGAAUUAUGUUCCUGGUCUAGGCUGGGUUAAGUUAAUAAAGGGCUGUCCUGAAUCUCAUCUUGAAUACGUUGCGAGCUUUAUAAAUUCUUUAGUAUCACGGGAAGUUGCCGCCCUUCCGAAAGGCAUAUACUUAACUGCUGUUCAAGAAGCUAAGCGCAGGGGGAUUAAAGGCAGUGGCGGCCAACCUGAGCCGCAGUCCUACAGUUUUUUCAAAGACUCAUCAAUUCUGAAGGCUCUGGUAAGUUUUCUUCUGGAAUUCCCCAAAAUGAUGGAGAACUGUGAAUGUGAGCAGGUGAAGCAGAGGUUACUUAGGAGCUCCGUAUUGAUGCUUGAGGCACUCGGUCAAUCUCUCUCUCGACCAUAUCCUGCCUUGGACUGGUGUUUUCUUGAGAAGGUUUUGACAGUAGCACAGUCAACCUGUAACUAUGACUGGAUUACAAGAAUACGUCAUAGUCUUUUCAAGAUUGCAGGUCGUCAGUGUAACAAGUCGACCUCGGCAAGUGCUCUAAUCAGUAAAUGGUUAGUUCCUGCACCAUCUAAUGGUUUAACACGAGAGGAUGAAAUUGUCCUAUAUCAAUUGUUGGAUCAUCUUGGUCGUGGAUUACCCCCUACUGUCUUACAGCCAUUCUUGUCCUAUGUUUUCAAUCAACAUUUAUCAGACACUGUGCAUAUGAAGGCACUUCUUGAGGCAUUAAAACCAAACCUUACUGCUGACUUUAUUUUUGACACCAAUAGGAAUGUUCUAAGUAAUGCAAUAGAGAAUCUAAAUGAACAUAUUGAUCCAUCAAAUGAGGUCUUGUAUGUAUCAUAUAAGGCAUGUGUAGCAGAUCUUCCUCAGAAGCACAUAGAACGGCUAACUUCACCAUCACUUUGGUGGGAAGUUACAGACGAACGACUAUACCGCGCUGCAGUUUUACGCUGUCAUGUUGCCGAGAAGGACCCUGAGGAAUUGGCUCUGCCUUGGUUGAAUGAUCUGGUUGACUCGGCUGCCUCUCUACCCGGUGACCGUUCACAUCUGCUUCGAGUAAUGUCCAACACACUUAUAGUCCGAUGUCGAGUGAAGGAAAGUAGUGCAUGGUUCUUGCAACUUCUGGGAAGGUUGCGAGAUCAUCUGAAGAAGAAACCUGGAGACAACCUUGUGGCUGUUCAUGAACAGCAGCAGAGAGUCACCUUCUAUCUGGAUCUAGUAGUGAUGGGACUUUUGGUCUGGUCAGACCUGUGGGCCACAAACCAGAUGGAAGUCCUUGCCGAGACACCUGCUCUGCGAGAUCGUCUACUACUUCCUUCUCUCGUAACCUUAUCUGGACAGUCUGAAUGGAAACAAACUCUGAACCAGCUUCUUAAUUGGCUGGUAUCUUGCCACUCUCUGAUGGGCGAGCACGUCAAUUCCCGUUACCAUCUAUCCUCGCCAACUCUUCUUCUUGCUACUCUCAACCCAAAUCUUACUCAGAUUAUGUGGAAUAAAGUUAUUGCCUUGCUUAUUUAAACAAGAGAAUCAUUAUAUCAAUUACAAUCUGUAACUGGUUCACCUAAAUCACCGAUUCCUUACAGCUUAUGAAACAUGGCCUUGUUUUUAUAUACUGUACUGUGUGUGACAAAUUCUAUAAUCACAAUUUUCUUGUUUAAUUUUUCAUUGUCUUCUCUAAUGGUACUAUGAUAUAUUUUGUACUGAAGUACCUCGUGUUAAAGUAAAUCUCCAGAAAA